AUGAGAAGUAGUAACACUAUCAAUUUUAUUUUACAAGGAAGAUUUUUAGUAUUCAAUAAUAAAAGUAUAAAUAAUUUAGAUAUUUCUUCAUUUAAUAGGGGGAAAAAAAUUUUUCAAAAAAUCAUCUUCUCAAACUUUUUGUUUUCUAAACUUUUUAUUUUGUAUUUCUUCUCCUUUUUAUAUCUCUCCUUAUUAAAUACAUGCAUAUCUAAGAACAAUGCAUUUUCAGAAUUACAAUUAAAUAAAGUGUAUCACAGAAAAUUAGCUCAAUGUAUCCCCAAAAAAUGGAAUCGUUCAAAGAAAAAAAAAAAUAAAUAUAAUAUAAAAGAGGAUGAAAAAUCUCAGUCAAAUGAUAUAAGUUCUAUAAAGUCUGAAUUUAAUCAAAGUGAUAAAUGUAAUCAUGAAAAGCAAUGCGAAUCAAAAAAAGAAGAAAUAUUAGAAGAAAGUGGUCGAAUUGAAAAGAAGAACCAUGAAAUGUUUGAUGAAAUGGAUAAACAGAAAAUUCAUGAUGAAAUGGACAAACGUGAAAUGAAGGAUGAAAUUGAUAAACUUGAAAUGAAGGAUGAAAUGGAUAAACAGGAAAUGCAUGAUGAAAUGAACAAACGUGAAAUGAAAGAUGAAAUUGAGAAACAUGAAAUGAACGAUGAAAUGGGUAAUCAGGAAAUUCACGAUGACAUGGAUAAACGUGAAGUGAAUGAUGAAAUGGGCAAUCAAGAAAAUAAAAACGAAGGUUGCGCAAUUACAUUAGGUGAAAGUAGUUCAGGUUUACAAGAUCAAUUGUGUAAAGAUGUAAAAUAUGAAAAGAGUCAAAAUUUAGACGAUGUAUCAAGCAGAACAGAUAUGUAUAUUCAAUUUUUUAUGAUGGCAAGGAGAUGGUAA